UGUUCAGUUUAUGAAUUUGGUGAUGAAACUAAUAAUGCAAUAUUUUUAUUACGUAGUAAAAUGAUUCAUUAUUCAACUACUACUACACAAAAUACACCAAACCAAACAGAAUUAUCACCAGAAAGCAUAUCAUUUAAUCAAAGUAAUGCUCGUGCCUAUUUAAGAAAUCUUGCAAAUCAAUUCCGUCCAACUAUACCUACCCAACCUAAUAUCAACAAUGAAUUAGAAAGAUAUCUUGCCAUUCCUAUUGAUGAAAAUUAUCCUGAAACUGCACGGGCGUUAUUAUGUCUAAAGAGUUGGAUUAGUGAAAAAAUUGGUGAAAAUAUUAAUAACGUCGACAUAGAAGAUAUUGAUGAUAUUGAUUAUGAAAUGGAUU